GCAAUUAAUGGAUGCUUGGAAGUUGGUGUGCUUAUUCAGAAAUGUUUUGCCACCUGAGGCCUUUGAGGAGGUUCUGCCUGAGGAAGGUCCUCCCUCAUUGGCUUCACUACUCUCGAGCUUUAUCAGGGGCAGAAGCCAUCAAUGCCUUGAGGCCUUUCUACUUUGCAGUUCAUCCUGAUUUCUUUGGACAGCACCCCAGGGAAAGGGAAGUCAAUGAAAAUUCUCUUAAGAGAUUAAGUGUCUACUUAGAAAAUCUCCAGAAACCAGGCUUCAAAUCUCUGAAACCAACUCAGCUUACAUUUUAUAUAAGAGAAAAAACAGCUCAGAAUUCCUCUGAAGGCCAGGAGCCUAUCAGCACUACCACUCCCGGAUUCCGAGCAGUCAGAUUUACUUUGCACAGCAGCGAUCUGCUAAGCACAGUAUUGUAUAUUCUCAACUCCUGCAGUUUGCCUGUUGAACACGUCCAAAGCUUGAACACUAAUGUGCAUUCCCAGCCUCUCAAGGAAGCUACAGGGAUGCCUGACAGACCCAUCAAAUGGCAUAGGUCCUAUUACUCCUUUACUGGGUUCAAGGACCCUGACGAAGACCUCGAACAUGUCUCAAGAGUGGAAACAACCCUAACGUCCUGGUUAGGUAGCAAUGGGAAAGGUGCUGUUAAAAAGCUGAAGAACAGUCUGCCACUUAGGAAGGAGCUGGAUCGUCUGAAGAGCGAACUAUCUGAGCUUCUGCAGCUUUCAGAUAUCAGGUGGCAAAGGGGCUGGGGAGUUGCCCAUCGCUGCAGCCAGCUACACAGUCUUAGCCGCCUCGCACAGCAGAAUCUGGAGCCGCUUCAGAACGUGAAAGGAUGCACCGUUGUCUUCACAGACCGCUCUGGUAUGAGUGCAUUGGGCCACGUGAUGCUGGGAACUAUGGAUGUCCACCACCACUGGACAAGGCUUUUUGAAAGCUUGCCAAGUUAUUUUGCCCUUCAGAGGAGAAUGUCAGCCUUAGAAGACCGAAUAAGCAAUCUUCUAGGGGGAAUCCAGGUGGUUUACAUGGAAGAGCUCCAGCCGGCGCUCACACUGGAUGAGUACUACUCUCUCCUGGACACCUUCUAUAACCAGCUGCUGAGAAGCAGGGCGCCUCCCCACCCUCAGAGUCUGAGCGGUUUGCAGAUGAUCCUUAGCAGUGACAGGUAUGCACCAAGCUUGCAUGAACUUGGGCAUUUUAAUAUCCCAGCCCUCUCGGAUCCUGCAAGCCUGCAGUCAUUCAUGAGAACCAAAGCCCAACAGGCAAGAGAAAACAUGACAAGAAGGGAGAGGUUAAAAGUUAUUGAAAAUGAAUUGAUACAGGCUUCAACAAAGAAAUUUUCUCUGGAGAAGUUGUAUAAAGAACCCAGCAUUUCUAGUAGACAGAUGGUGGAUUGCUGUAAGAGACUUCUGGAACAAUCGCUGCCUUAUCUACAUGGGAUGCACCUCUGCGUCUCACAUUUCUAUUCUGUCAUGCAAGAUGGAGACCUGUGCAUCCCGUGGAACUGGAGAAAGGAGAAGCCGUGAAAUAACACAGAUCUCUGUUUUAUUUUCUGAAGAAAUGAAAAACUGUUGAAUUUAUUUAAAUUCAGUUUGAUAUAACAUUAGUAUUUACGUGUUAGAACUAAGUGUCUAACUGCUGCUAUAAAAGUGGGUGGGUUUUCUUUUUAGUGAUUUUAUGCUAAGAAACUUGUUUUUAAAAGGUUUUAUCCCCCUAGACUUACGAUGCUGAUGGCUAGGCAAAAGAUACUAGAAGGAAAAAAAACUAUUUUAAAGAUAUACAAUAGAAGGUUCUUUAGGACUCAUAUAUAUAUUUUUCUAUAGUGAAUGUGAGUGGAUGUAAAUUGGUCUCAUUCAGUAUAGCUCUUUAGGACUGGAACUCAAUUCUUACCUGCAACACAGUUUAAUGUGCACCUUCAUAGUUACAUCUCAUAGACACACACACACACUUUGUAGCCAGUAAUAGACAGUUAUUCAAAACAGAUGACUGAUUAAUAGCAAAAAUUAAAUAACCAAAUUAAAAAUAAAAUAACCAAAAUUUUGCUGAAGAGAAAGAUUUUUUUAAAACCCUAUUGAAUAUAUACUACUAACAUUGUCUUAUACUAAUUUACUAAAACAUCAGUGACAGAGAAUUUAAAUACAUGAUUUCUUCUACCAAUUAAAAUAUCUCGAUAGAGCACAUUUUUGGUAGGCACAGGCAUCCCUAAGAUGAGUAAGAUGUCAUAUUAUAACCUAGCCUGAAACUCCUUAACAAGCUUUCUUCAUUUCUUCAGCUCUGGCCCAGGCAGAGCCUUGUGCUAUGGCUCGUUCUCAGAAGCAUGGCCUCCUGUGGUCUCAGGCGUCUCCUGCACAGUGAGAGAGGCCUGCUCUCUCUUCAGAGCAGACCCACAGUGCAUUAGAACAAAGAUGCUAAAAUCAGUUUUUCAUGUUUUGGGUUUUUACGAAACAUCAGUAGUUUAAACAGUUCAAAUUUAUGUCCAAAAUAAGAAGUGAUGUAUAAAAGGCUUGUGUGUGCCAUUGGUGGCUUCUGACCCAUGCUAAGUGACGAAUGUUGCUGUAAAUACUCUUUAUAAGAAACAGUCCUUAUUUGGUGGCACACAUCUUUAAUCCCAGCUCUUGAGAAGCAGAGGCAGGUGGAUCUCUGUGAGUUUAAGGCCAGCCUGGUCUAUAAAGUGAGUUCCAGGGCAGCCAUGGAUGUUAAACACAAAGAAACCCUGUCUUGGGGGUAGGGGGUGGGGAGAGGUGGCGUCAAACAUGAAAUUUAUUAGAAAAUUGCUUGGAUUGUGCCGUGUCUAAAUAUCAACUAACAUGGAAUCUUGUAUAAUGUGUGUUGCACUGGAUUGUCUCAGAACUAACAUAAUGAACUAUGCCUUGGCUGGCACACAGCUGCUUUCCAUGUGUUCCAGCCAAUGAGUUUCGUGACUUUAGUGGUAGGAAGUUCUUAGAUGUCAUCCUUUGAGCUUCACUGCAGAUGUAUGUCCUCUCUCCACCACAGAGGGCACAGGUGAAACCUCUGACACAAAAUGGUCUCCAAAGGAAUCUGAGCUCUGCUCACAUCUGAGCUGUCCCCCAUCCCCUCCCUCCAAAGAGCUGGGGCAACGUCCUUAACUCCAGGGCUGUAUCUGUUCUCAGCAUGGGCUGCCAGAGCCUGCCCUUCCUUUCCUUUGUCUCUACAUAAACUACCUAUUUCCUUUGGAGAAGUGUUUUCAGUCUGUGUUGGCACCUUAUAAAACACAGUUGCAUCCAAUCAAGAACCAAUGUAACCAUUAUCUCCCCAAAGCCUUUAAUGUCUCUACAGACCAAUAAACAGAUCUAAACAUG